AUGUCCUUGGGUUUUCUCUUUCUGCAUCUCAUAUUCAUUCGAAAGGGCCGACACGAGACAACUUGGGCCGUGUUACGUCAGUUUGGCUACGACAAUCGUCUGCGUCUAUCUCGUGACUUCCUCUUUCCCAAAUUGGUUGUUCCACCUGGUUGCUCCUCAGAACUCUCCCCAGCUGGUUUGCAUUUCCUUCACUCCCUCUUUACCAAAUACGAUGCUGACGGUGACGAAUUCCUCAAUCGGGCUGAAUUAACCGAACUCCUUGCCACCUGUCCAGUAAGUGAAACAGGGCCAGACAUUGAUGGAACGACACCCUCAACUUUGCCCUUCCCCACUAUUGGAAUGGAGGACAUUGGUCUUUGUGUGGAAACAAAUUCGAAAGGCUGGAUCUCCCGACGUGGAUUCAUAGCCCAUUGGAUGAUGGGAGCUCUGUUGGAACCCAGUCGAGCUUUGGAGUAUCUUGCCUAUUGGGGAUUCACAUAUCAAUCUGGAACUACAUGUGCUCUUGACAAUGAUCGUCAGCAUCUCUCUGGUGUGGGCCUCACAUCAACUUCAAGUAAUGACAAUCGAGUUAGUCACCUCCAUGGUUUCAUUGACAAUGCUGCAAAGAGCCUUCUACGCGGAUUGACUAUCACCCCUGAUCGUCGAAUGGACUACAUCCGAGGGCACACAGAUCGAACAGUCUUCUAUUGUCGAGUUUAUGGAAGUCGUAUGGUUGGGAAGACAUGCUUGCUACAAGGACUCCUUGGUCGAGGACUACGUGGACGUGGAGGUACUACUGUGGGCGGAGCGACUGGUCGGACAUCGGCAUGGGCUGCGGCCACAGGCAUACCGGUUUUUGACCAUUUUCGAACCCUCCUGUUGCAUGAAAUUAGCGCCGGUUACGGGGAGCAAAUGAGCACUGGAGAGGCGCUUUCGGCUGAUGUUGCCUGUCUUCUCUACGAUUCAACCGAUCCGGAGUCGUUUAGAUAUGUCGCGAAUAUCUUUCUGGUGAGUUAA